AUGCACGGACAUCGCGUCGUGGCGUAUUACCCCGUCGUCGCGGGAAUGCCAGUUGCGGAUUCGAGUGGUGGAUCGGACAGUAGUAAUGGUGGCGCUGGCGAGAGAGAGGUGGAAGGUGUUGACGUGGUGCUCGAGGUCGUGGGUUCGAAUCCCGAAACUGACAAAAAUCAUUCACCGUCCGCUGUUUCAGGAGGAGCUGAAACCGCAGGAGCGGUGCAGAAGCAGCGUCAGAUGGUGGUUCGUGCGAAGGUUCUGGUCGCAGCGGAUGGCGUGCGAUCAGCUGUGCGAAAUCAAAUGUUUGGCGACUCGCCUCGGUAUUUGGAGCAGAUUGGUUGGAACGCGCUCGUGCCAAACCCGCCAAGCGCGAGAGUGUACCCGCAAGAAGAUCAGGUGUUGCAACUAUUCGUGGAUAAGGUUACGGGUUACCAGAUAUUUCUGAUUGAUGUUGGCCAUGGGAAGACCUUCUGGCAGGUUCGCAUUGUUGAUCCUGAUAGCAAGCUCAAGUCCGAGCUCAAGCUAACACCCUUUGGGGGAUUCGGCAAACCAGGCGUGAAGGAUCGUUUAAUGUGCCACGUCAGCAAAAAUGUUGCGGAUCCAUCAGGCCAUGACACCUGGCAAACCGUGCUCCAGGCGGUUACCACCACUGACGCGGGUAACAUCUACGAGCGGUGGAUGAUGGACCGGCCUCCUCCGAAGGAUUCUUGGAGCGACCCCAAGUGUGGUAACAGAGUUGUUCUUAUUGGGGAUGCCGCACAUGCCAUGCACACCGGUCCAGGGCAAGGAGCUCAAAUGGCAUUUGAGGAUGCACACCAGCUGUCCAUGUGCCUUGCUGACGUCAAGGAUGUGCUCGCCGAACCUGCUGCCGUGGCUGCUGCGGUUCGGGAGUAUGAGGCUCGGCGGAUCGAGAGGUGUGUGAAAGUGCAUGCUUUUGCCACUGGGUCACAUGAGUUUGGAGAGGAGGGGAAACUUGUGAAGGCUCUUUCUCCGCCCGAGAAACUGAAGAGAUUUAUGGAGUUUGGGAGUUGGGUCCAUGCGUAUCCAGACAAGAUAAAAGGUGACCCUGAAUCCACCUACUUCAAAUGA